AUGGCUUUGUUUAAAUUAAAUCAAUAUGAAAAGUCAAUAUUUCCUAACCAUGAUAUCCUUUCAAAACCUAUUGAAAAUAUACUUGAAUCUUUUCGACAUUUAAAAGAAUUAUAUAUUAAAAAUUUUGGCAUUAACAAUGAUAUUAAGCAAUUAGAUAAUUUAAAUCGUGGAUUUAAUGACUUUGUUAGUGCAAGAGCUAAAGAAUCUUUAAAGAUGUCAAUGGAUUUGGAGGAUUUCAUAAAAUAUUUUAAAAUGCUUACAGAAGAUAAUGUCACUGUCGAUGACUUGUUGGAAACAGUAUUAAUGAUAAAGGAUGUGGCAAAAAAAAGAAUUAGUAAAUCUGAGGAAUUAAAAAUCGAAUUUGAAAAUAUUGGAGAAUCCAUAUCAACUUAUAUCACUAAAAACCUUAGUAUUAGUCAAUCACCAAAGCUCGUAUUAGCUAAGCCCAUGUCGAUUACUGCCUUAAUAUAUUUUCCGUUAUCUUACAUUGUGCAAUGGUAUCAAAUUUUAAUUGACAUGCCAGGAAAGUUAUUUUAUUUUGGAUUACAAUCCAUUCUAUCCUUUGGGGUUUUUGGUAUAUGUUUUAUUGCAUUCAAUAGAAAGAAUGGCACUAUGAUGAAUAAUGAAGAACAAAAAAAACUCAGGAAAUACGAGAAGAAAAUUUCAAUAAAUUUACCAGUAAUUUUAACACAUUUAGAAACGUUAAUACAGUUUUGGAAACAACAACUUGAUAUUUUUGAGUCACACAUCAUUGCAUUAGAAUUGAUGGAUAGAGAUGCGAAUAUUAAGUUACCAAAUAAUUUAACGGCUGGAAUCAUCGAAAGGUGUACGGAAGAAAAGAUCCAUUGCAAAAAAUGUGAUCAAAGGUUAAGAGACUCUGUUUUUAAAUAUUAUCAUUCUAUUCGUUCAAAUUGA